UGUAGACCAGGUUGGCCUCAAAUUCACGUAGAUCUACUUGCCUCUGCCUCUAAUGCUAGGAUUAAAGGAGAGUGCCACCACCUCCAACAAUGAAUCCUUUCUUUAGAAUGGGCUUUAGAACAACAGACAUUUGAUGUGUGUCUGCAUUUCCCUUACAGAACAUAGGGUGUGAAGCUUUGCCGCCAGAAACUGGUUGGACUGUGUAUCUGGAUCUAGACAUUGCAGGUAGUCUGAAAUUCUGAAAUAGGGACUGUGUCGCUCAUCCUCAUAGCCUAGCCUUGUCACUAAUAGAAAGCUGGAGAACCAGGAUUCCCUUUAGGUUGCCAGGGCAACAGGCCAAGUAGCCAGUCAACUCCCAGGACCAGGGUCAUUGUUGGAUGCCUAAAUGUUACUAUGACUACUGAAACCUUGGUGACCAAACUAAACAGAAAGGAGAGCCUUCCCAGUGGCCUCAGAAAAUCAACCAUGUCUAUAGAUAUGUCUACGGAAAAAAUGACAAAAGUAGAAGAGGUAUGCAGAGUUGGAAGGAGGGUUGGAAGUUGGAUGAGUUUCCCUUGACGUGGUUUCCAGGUGGGUUUACCCAAAGUACAGCAUUCCUGAGAAAGGCUUGGUAGAAUGCAGGAGAGUUAGCAAAAACAAGAAACCACUUUUGGAACAGGAGUUGUUCACAAAUGUCCCACUCUGACCCCUGUAUAUUCUUUUCUGUCUGUUCUGAGAAAUGUAGAGCUUUCCCACUUCCCCCUAGGAAACUACUUCAUUCAUCAAACAUAGGUACUAUGCUCAGAUUCUAGUAAUGAAGGCAAAUGAACAGAACUCACUUCUGUUGCAGAAUUUGCAAAGAGACGCGGCACUUCAGAAGAUGGUCAACAGGUGGAAGAAUUCACAUACUCACUGUAUGUGGCAGAUGACAUUGAGUCACCGGAGAGACCUGUAUGCUACCCUAAGGAUGCAGGAUGAUAUGGAACAGGAAUUAGUAAUGGCCAACAAACAGCUGCUGAUGGCCCGUCAAGCUGCCUUAUACCAGCUGUUUGAAAAGGAGCAUCAGCAGUACCAGCAGGAGCUCAAUCAGAUGGGCAAAGCUUUCCAUGAGGAGAGACUCUGACACCGCCUAAACACUGCUCUUCCCUCAUGCUGCCAUCCCAGCCUCCAGUCUCUUCUGUGGGCUUCCCAAAACACACCUGGCUAGGACCUAAUAAAUAUUACCCCUUUUUCACUGUCUCGUGAACUCAAUGUUGCCCCUGAAAACAAGAGUGACGCCUUGUGGUCAGCAUGGGAAAUGCAGUAUUGUAAGGGGAGAGAAUGCACAAUGUCUGGUUUUUAAAAAAUCAGAAUUGGUUUAACAAAUAAAGCAUACUCUUAAAAGUUUAGAUUUAGCUGGCAGUGGUGGCGCACGCCUUUAAUCCCAGCACUCGGGAGGCAGAGGCAGGUGGAUCUUUGUGAGUUCAAGACCAGCCUGGUCUACAAGAGUGAGUUCCAGGACACAGAGAAACCCUGUCUUGGGAGGGGGGAGGUUAGAUUUAGACCACAGGGUUUCUUAUCACCCCUGAGUCUUGGUUUGUUCAUGGCUGCCAUAAUCUUACUUCCUAAACUCUGAGCACUGCUUCUGCACAGGCUGGUUUUGUGUGUCAGCCUGACACAAGCCAGAGUCAUCAGAGAGGAAGGAGCCUCAGUUGAGGAGAUGCCUCCAUGAAAUCCAGCUGUUAGGCAUUUUCUCCUUCAGUGGUUAAUGGGCAAGGGUCCAUCCAUGGUGGGUGGUGUCUUGCCUGGGCUGGUGGUCCUGGGUUCUAUAAGAAAGACUGAGAAAGCCAUAUGGAGCAAGCCAGUAAAGUAAGCAGCACCCCUGCAUGGUCUCUGCAUCA